CAUUCUAAACAUCAUGGCUACUCACAAAGUUCUCAGUUUUGUCUUCUUUGUUUUAUUGGGCAUAACAAUAUGUUGUGAAUGCAGGUCACUCCUCACUUUUGGAGGAGGAGGCUACAACGAAGGUUCGGGUGGUGUUACAGGAGGGGGUGGCUUUGGCCAUGGUAUUGGUGGUGGUUAUGGAGCUGGUUAUGGCCACGGUGGCGGUGAAGGCGCCGGGGGUGGUUACGGUGGAGGAGGCUAUGGCCACGGUGGAGGUGCAGGAGCCGGAGGUGGUUAUGGUGGAGGAGGCUAUGGAAAGGGUGGCGGUGCAGGAGCUGGGGGUGGUUACGGUGGGGGAGGUGAGGGAGGAGGUGGCUAUGGAAAGGGAGGUGGUGCUGGAGGUGGAGGUGGUUAUGGAAAGGGUGGCGGUGCAGGAGCAGGGGGUGGUUAUGGUGGAGGAGGUGAAGGUGGAGGAGGCUAUGGAAAGGGAGGUGGUGCUGGAGGUGGAGGUGGUUAUGGAAAGGGUGGCGGUGCAGGAGCAGGAGGUGGUUAUGGUGGAGGAGGCUAUGGAAAGGGUGGCGGUGCUGGAGGUGGUGGAGGCUAUGGGAAGGGGGGUGGUGUAGGUGGUGGAGGUGGAUAUGGUGGUGGAGCCGGUGGUGGUACUGGUGGAGGUUAUGGUGGAGGUGAAGGAGGUGGUAAGGGAGGCGGUUAUGGAGCUGGUGGUGGAUAUGGAGCUGGAGGUGGACAUGGAGGAGGUUAUGGAGGAGGAGGACCUAGUGGAGGUGGAUAUGGCAGUGGUGGAGGAGCAGGUGGUGGAUACGGAGGUGGUUAUGGAGGUGGAGCUGGUGGUGGCUAUGGAGGUGGUGCUGGUGGUGGUUCAGGCUAUGGUGGUGGACAUGCACCUUGAGAACCAAUGUGCAUUUUAUAUCUACGUUUUGUUAGGGUGCUUCCCAACAAUAAGUAUUAUCAAAGCAUCUGUUUUCAUUUGCCAGUUUAAUUCAGAAUUUCAUGGAUUUCAGCUCCGAAGAGUUUUAAGUGUUUUGGUAUUCAGCUGUUCCCUUGGCUGCUGAAUGUAACCGCACUUCAUUUUAAAUAUGUAUCCCUUGUUUAUUUCCAAAAAAUAACAAUAAUAAAAAUAAGUA